AUGAAGUCCACACCGUCCAAGCGUCUCCGCCUCACUUGGUCUGAGAAAGUGGGCAUCCUCGACAAGGCAGCCCGCACACCUGCUCUCUCCUACAGGGGCCUGGCUGAGUGGGCUGUGACGGAGUUCAGCCUCCCGGCCGCCCCAGGCAAGACAACGAUAUGCCGCAUAAUCAAGUCAAGUGCAGUCCUGCUGGGGCGGCCGCUGGAGAAGGACCAAGGAAUCAUUCAUUGUAUUAAGCGACACAUUCUAUCCCGCAAGAUGAUGCAGGCUCUAGACCGGCUUGGUGAAGGGCUAGAUAAUCCCUACGAGGUCGACCAGUUGACAGCGCUGUUGUGGUGCGAGGAUGCCUGGUCAAAGGUUAGUGCUUCGACCAUACGCCACUGUUGGAAUCAUUCCGGACUCGUAGGUAAAGCUGCUCUUCAGUUCAUUUUGAAAUAA